AUGUCCCGCUCCUGCAACAACUCCCUCGCCUCAAGCUCUGUCCGCAGCAAGCCGUCACUGUCCAUCGCCUAUCGUCGUGAAAGCGUCCCUCGACUCGACCCUUACCCGCAAACCGCCAUACCAUUUUUCUACGGCGACCUCGUUACCCAUCGAGCUCCCCUAGCGACUCUCGACCCACAAUCGGCGCACGCCAUUCGUCUUGCUGCUGACGAUCAGAUGUCAACGUCUCCAUCGCCGCCACACCUUGGUUACCGCGACACCACACCGGGCACAGCACAAACAUUCGAGUCUGACCACACCGGAGAUCUAUUUCAGUAUAACAUAAUCCGUUCUAUUCGUAAUGUCAACGAUGACCUUGAGGCAGGCAAUCCUCCGGCCAGAAGGAGAUCAAUCCCAAACCACUCGCAAACACACUCCAUUACCGGACGUCCGCUUCCAGGUCACACUCGCCUUUCUUCCCGCCGUCCCAGUCACAAUUCCGUGUCAUCCAACAGACGACCUUCCCUUCCUACGAUCCUGCUUCCGCCUCCUCUACGUCCUGAAGCGACAUCUGGUACUAACCCAGCUGUCGAGUCGCUCCCUAGCGCUAACUCUUUCCUGUCUGGCGCUGAUGAUCUCUACUCAAAUUUAUCUUCCUUCACCUUUGGCUCUGCGCGCCCUAACCGUCCCGAAUUUCUCGAGAUGAUCAGUCCCUUAAGUUCUGUUCCUGGUUCGAACAGCACAGAUCGGACUCCCCGCCCGUCGGUCUCCGGGGCUGGCUCUCAGUCAACGACCCGGACACGUACGCCAAGAGUCCGACCCAUGGACAUGGACGACGGCUGCAGGGCGGAUGAUGAAGCUGACGAUGAGGCCGAGCGAGAAUCGCGUGCGAAGAUGCGCGCCAUGAAUGAUGGCACGCGACGACCCUCUCUUCCUAUGAACACAUAUGCUACUGGUAGGUCGAAGUCACCCAGAGGACUUCCUGGUACUGGCGCAUCGCCUUCCUCAGUGUCUCUAAAAUCACCUGUCAAUCCACGAGAAGGCACACGAGAUCAUUCCGAAUCCGAAUCCGAGGCCAGUGCCCACUUUGGUAUAGAGGGUGAGGGCAACGAUUUUGAUACAGAUGUCGAGAUCGACUUCCCUCACCCCUCGACCGCUGUGGCUUCUCAUGAUGCUGAAAUGACGGAUCUUACGUCUUCUGGUGCCUUGGGUAGAGAAUUCAACCUCAACGAUUCUAACGGUGAGAAGGAUCACGAUUUCGCCGACAUUCCUGUCAUCGUAACCCACCCUGCCAUUGAACCCGGCCCAAGUAGAGGUCGAGAAGACAGCCUGGCAACAUUGACUGGGGCUAUUAAGACUCCCACCGUUUUGCCAUCCGGUGAUACUCACAGUGGUCUCACUGCUGAUGCAAGCAGACCGGAGGGUCGGGACAACAUUCAAGGGACCCGUCUUGAAUCGAUAGGCCAGGCCUUGUUGCAAGUGUCUUCACCCACUUCAGUGGUUCCUGCCGAUGAACUCAACCUUAACUUGUCUGACUGGUAUAAGGGGCAUGCGAUCGAUUCUGAAGGCUGGGGUGCCGCCACCACCGGGGAUACUGGUCGUCGGACCAGUAUAAUGACGGUUGGGAGUAUUGAUGCGUUCAUACGGCAUGUGCAGCAACACGAUCCAGUGUCUAAAUCACGCGCCGUAGAAUGGAGUUUCAUGCCGAAGUCUGUGGACACGCCGAGCGCGGACGCCGGUGCGCGUUGGGCUCAAUCUCAUACUGCAACAAGGGCGAUCGCACCUCCCACCCAAGAAACAUGGCAGCAAAUGCAUGUAGGUCAAUUCAAAGUGGACAGACUACUGAUGAGACCCGAUGACCCUUCAAAGUCUCCUUCGCAGCGCAUUAAUGUACGCCAUAUACAUGAUCCCCAUUCAAAAGGAAAUACGCGCGGCGGUCCCGUAUCUGUCGUGCACAAGCACUCGCGUGCCAUUGCUUUCUCCAUUUUUCGCAAGUACAACCUAUUCGGCAACCAACAAAAUCGAAGUGGAAGUAUCUCUGUUCCAACAAGUGGGAGUAUAUUGCUUGCAACCAGAAGGGUGCAGGAGCAGUAUACUAGUACUCGUACGACUAGUCAGCUCAACUCCCAUGGACUAUUGCGAGAUGGUAGCGCCCGUUCACGAGGACAGACCAGCAGCGCUAGCGAUGGCACCGCUCCUUCCUCGAGUCAAUCCGACCGCAGCCAGUCUAAGGAUAUCACGGACACAGAGAGAGUCGCGAAAGAGAAGCGUAGCAAAAGCAAAGCCUCGCCUUCGGGUUAUCAGACGAGCAGCGCCGGAAGUGUUGAAAGCACGUCUAGUAGGAUGGUUUCUUCGAAGGACGAAGAUUCACUCUAUUUCGCAAAGAGUUACGCGUCUUGCUCAUCAUCUUCCGAGCCCUCGGCACCUGUUUCUCCAACAAUCGCAGAAACUGGCAACACUUACCCCUCUUCUGUUUUUGAUUCUGCGACAUUAGCGCGCCAUUCUCUGGCUGGUCCAUCCUACUCAAAAUAUGGUUCUCCUCCUCCAACCGCUUCUACUGAGCGAACCGCUUCCGUUGACCAUGGCAUGGAUGUCGACGAUGACGGAGAGAGGGUACAGCGUACUUCUCAUGCGGAGGCAUUUGCUACCCUCGACCAGAACAGCAUCGACUACUAUCGCGGAAAACCAGACCAACGCUCGUCUGAUCACGAUCCCGCUCACACUUGGGGCUUUACUGAGCGUUUGAGAAAACUGUUAGGUCCGAGCGGCGCCCGGGUUCGACCUGGCUUGGGCCUGUCUUCUGCUGCGUUGGAGGGACAGUACACUCCGCCUUGGAUGACUAUGGCGCCACGUUCACGAGUAGAAGAGCGCGAUCGGGUCAUUCAAAACUUGAAUGAGUCUUUCAAGGAUGUGGGCCUGCUUCCGUCUUUCAAAACCAAGGGCAUUGGGAAGAAGAAAAACCGUACGACGGAUGAGGUAGUCAAUAUCUUCUCUCACGUUCCUCCGGAUUCAUUGUACAUGAUCCUUCCGCUGUGGCCCUGCGAGACAGACCCGGCGUCUAGGGCGUUGACCGAUGCUGCAGACCCGUUGCCCGUCGAAGAGCGACAGUACCUACUAGUGUUCUACGCCCCAUUUGACGACAAGGAUGAUAAGGACAAAAAGCAGGAAAACAAAAAACGGACAAGGUCGGCCUCACGCACAGCGUCCGCUUCAGCCUCAUCUGUCAAUUCCAAGACGGUCUCACUCACAUCCUUCAAGAUUUCCGCGCGGCUCGUCUCUUACCAUGAUCUCCUGGGCACCGGUGUGCGGCUCCCGAUCGACGGAUUGUCGGUGACGGGCCCCAUGUCCGACGCGAUGAAGUCGCUUCCACCCCCUGACAUACGCGAUGCGCGUCAGGAUAUGCCCCGCGUCGUGAUCGGGUACUGCUAUGGACGGAACCAUGGCAUGGAAUUCCUCCCCGAAGGUCUCGCGAAGGUCGGCCUCGCGCGCGUGAACGAUUCCUCUACGCGGCUACUGAAUGAUGCGGCCCCUUGGCUCUCCGAGGCGGAGGAGAUUGAGCUUAAUUGGGAGAUGACUCCCAUUGGGCGCGCCGCGGUAGAGAUGGCAUGGCUGGGGUGUCUAGCAAUGACGAGCUUUGGACCGGAAUCUGUAGCUUCCAGGUGA